UAUCGAUAGUAGCAGAAGUCAGGGUUUUUUCGACCCACCUUUGAGUCGGAUUCGCACUGCCGCAAAGCAAUUAACGCACUGCAAUUUCAUGGGUGGCUUGGAAUAGGAUACGUUCCGCAGAUAAAAUGGUAUCGAACAAACGUAACAAAUCCGAGUAAAAAUACAUUCUAGCAUCGAUAAACAGGUGCUCGUAACUGUUUGCUCUCUUUAUCAGUCCCGCAAACGACGAUAUAGAAGGUAAAAGUAAAUAUGGCUCGAAAUUAGUGCUCCGACAAAUAUUGAUCUUAAGCCGGUGCUAUUGCGUUAACAAAAUUAACUUAAUUUUUUCCAUUUGUUGUUAAAUUCACACAAUCUUAAGACGUGGGUUUAGUGUUGCUUGCGGUUCAGUUUGGCUGAGUUUAUGGGCUAGAGUCGUUAAGUAAUUCUCGUUGCUAUUUGGACUAGUUCGAGAGACUUAGUUAGCUAGAUUAUGUCUAAUUGGUAUGAGGAAAGGAAGUUCUGUCUAGUGUCUUGCGCGGAAAAACUACUCACGUACUGCGUUUUUGUGGAAUUGUGUUGAGCCUUUUGAGUGCGAGCGUAGAAUGUUGAUACUGAAGUGAAUAGAGUGCAAAAGACUAAGUCCUAGUCCUUGCUGCAGUUCUAAAGUGAGUGGGAGUGAUUUUGUGAUCUACGACCAUUUGACCAUUUCGGCACUGUCGAGGUCUAUUUGAAUUAUCAAAGUCAGAAUUGAUUUAGUGGAAAUUAGCAUGCAACAUUUCACGGCGCCAACAAAACAUCAAGUUAAGAUUGCACUCAAUGAGAGUCAAUGAAAAUAAUUUUUUCGUCUGGGAUAUCAACUUCGAGUAUCUUUUGAUUGCAAAUGAAACGGGCUGUGAAAUGCUGAGAAGAAGGCUGUCGACAAAAUUAAGUCCUUGUGUUCAUAUAGACUAGCGCCAGAAGUGGUAAUCAAACCGAGCAAAUCAAGAUCUAAUUCGAUAUCAAAACAUCCAUGAUCAACAAUGAAUGGAACUCCAAGUGAAAACAAGUCCCCCGAUCAACAAUCAUUAGGCAAAUCAACAUACAGCAUUGACGCCGACCCUUCGAUUCCAUUUGCCGACCAUGAUCCUUCCGUUGUUAUAUCAAAUCUUCCAGACGAAUCUAAUCCCGAACCCUCUUCGACUUCCCUUUCUGCACGACGAGGUGUGGACCUCAAUGUUGCCAUCGAAGUCGACGAAUCAGAUCCAAAGGAUAGCAAUGAUGCCAUCAGCGUCACGACACAGAAUCCUGAAUCGCCUGGACCACUAGUUUCGGUACCAGGAUACAAUCGGGGCUUGAGGAGAAACUCGAUUUCGUUACCCGCCGCCUUGGAUGCAAUCGAAGCAAUUCAGGCGAAAUACGCUGCAACUCAGAGGGACAGUGGGGUCACAGAUGAUGGCGACUCCACCAGUUGCAGUAUUCCACAAACUCCAAUGCCCGAGAGUAAAAAUGAGUCAGAAGUAGAUGAGGAACCAGAGAAACAACCCAUUUUCCGCCCCACAUUUCGCACGAAACGAAGGCUUUCAGUUGCUCCGUUACCUGCUCUACGGUUGAAUGAUAAAGAAAUGAUCGCCAAUGAGUUUGAUAGUCAAAGUGUUAUAAGUAAUCAAGCCUCAAUAGCCAGUGCGACAUCAAUAACGAGCCUUUUGAAGGAAAAGAUGCAGGCCUUUCCGCAAGCACUGCGCCGGAAGAGGAAGGAGACGAAAGAUUAUAAAAUCAAAGUUUUCGUAGUUAUUCUACUGCUGAUUAUCGUAUUUCUGGUCGGCUAUGCACACAUCAUGUACCAUAACAAAGUACUAACGAGAUCCUACUUCGAUAAGAUCAAAUUCAACAAUGCUAAGCGAUUGUUGACUGUUUACAAUGAUAAGGGCGAUAAGAUUCUUACCGGCAAUCUGGGUACGACCGUGAUGGCCGAUAAACCCUUUCACUGUCUCAGCGAUGACAUUGUGAAUGAUGGGAGUGUAUGCUUGGAAUGGACCGAUAUAGCCCGAAUGUAUAUGAAUUAUGAGAACCUAGAUAUAUAUCGAUGUUACUCUAUAAAAUGGCAGGCACUCGGGGAAGGGAUUUAUCCGACAGAUUGCUAUGAUAUCUCAUUUAAAGAUGGUGGUUACUGGUACGGCGGGGGAUUGACUAAAAAUGCAAACUGGCCUCUGAAUUCCGCUGACUUUGAUUUUACGCCGUUUAUCACAGGUGACGCGAAUGUUCAAGAGUUCGGAAAUGCGUUGAGGAGAUACUUUAUCAGUUCCAGAGGGGUCGCGAUACAGAUUGAUGAUAGAUCUCCCUUGCAACUGUCCAUCAAUAAGACGUCAAAUAAGUUUUGCAUGAGAGCGAAAAAUGAUAAUUUUGCGUUUGUGAAUAAGUUGACAGAAUUGCCCGAAUUGAGCUAUAAGAUUUGUGUUGCCAAUAACAUGAACGUCUUGCACAGGCAAAUGACGAAACAGAGCCUCUGGGAUGGCAUUAAGGCUGAGGACAAAAAUAUCCUGAACACGAUGCUGAAGGAGCCUGUUUGGCAGAUUCCAGCCUUGAAUCAUACCUUUUUGAAUGAGAACACGAUAUAUAAUUACUCUGAAGAAGUCAUCGGUAUGGGAUUCAUGAAACUGGGACAUAUUCUUGUAAACGAGUUCUGGCAAGAGAAUAUUGGAGACUUCAGUGUGGACAAGGAACGCUUCCCAACUUUGAAAAAUACAGUUGACGUUUUACAUAGGCGUGGAUUCAGGAUUAUAUUCACGGUACAGCCGUUCAUCAGCACGGACAGUAUCAACUUCAAGGACGCUGUGAAAAAGAAGCUUCUGAUUUACGAGCGAUUAUCGGAGCGAAGCAUUCCAGCUUUGACAAGAUAUAAGAGUUCCACGAGUGCCGGAGUUUUGGACGUAACAAACAGGGACUCCAUACCAUGGUUAGUGAAAAAAUUGGAGAAAGUCAUCAAGGAGUAUCAAAUCGAUGGGUUUUACUUCGAUUUGGGAACAGCAUACAAUCUUCCUCAUUAUUAUCAGUGUCGCGAAACUUUAGACAAUCCUGAUAUGUACGCCCGAAAAUUUAUGAUCGGAUUAGAGGAACUCAUUGCAAACAUUGGAAUAUCAUCAGCAACAAGAGUGCCACGUCCUCCAGCAUUUUUAAGUUUGCCCCCAGCUAGCUCAUCAUGGAGCGGUUUGAAGAAUCUCGUAGUGUCAGUUUUGACUCAUGGAAUUUUAGGUUUUCCAUUUAUCCUGCCCGGAUCAGUUGGUGGUGACUACGUGCUUCCAGAGAACGCAACCAAAAUGGUGUCCUUCUACUCUUUACCGCAACCUCCACUUUCAAGUGAAGAGUUAUACAUUCGAUGGGUUCAGCUGGUCUCCUUUUUCCCUUCUCGUCAAUUUAGUCAUUUGCCGUCGGAGUUUAAGAACGAGGAAGUCAUGGAAAUGGUGAAGGAUCUGACGAAAAUUCAUCAGGAAACCGUGGUACCCGUACUGGAACGAUUUUUGACAGAUGCUAUGAAUGAGGGUCUGCCUUUGAUACGACCGUUGUGGAUGUUGGAUUCUCAGGAUCCUGCCUGUUUAAGUGUUAGUGAUGAGUUUUCGGUGGGAGAAGAUAUAAUUGUUGCACCAAUCUUGGAGCAAGGACAAUUGGCCAGGGAAGUUUAUUUACCCCAAGGCGUUUGGAGGGAUGGUAUAGAUGGAUCCAUGAGAAAAGGAAGCCGUUGGAUACAUAACUAUCGAGUGGCUUUGAAUAAAGUUGCCUACUUCGAGAGGAUGCCCAACAAUACGAGAUUUUAGAUCUUUUACCUUAUUUAUAUGUUUCAGUAAUGGUUUUACGAGCAAAACAAAUGUUCUCUUGUAUUGUGUUGUAUUAUUUUAGAUCUUAGUUAAAUAUUGUGAUUUAUUCGUUAGAUUUAAUUUAUAUAUGUAUUGUAGUCAGUUGCAUUCCAUUUUAUAAGUUUAAACUUUCCAGAUGUAAGUGUGUCGACCAAUAUAGUAUUUAAAAUAUAGACUA